UGCGCAGUAGGCGGUGGGAGUUGCUGUGGCUCCUUUAUUACGCUGCGUUCCGGUUGUCCUCGGAACUUUUAUGCGUUUCGCGUACGUCGUGUUGUGCUUCUUUACUGUGCUCCUGCACUCUUUUUGCCGCCAGGCCCUCGGAAGCGCUUCAUGGUGCCGUGUCGUUGUGUGAGAACGUCGGAAUCCGGAAAUUUAGUCCGAGCUGCUGCAUUGCAGUUGUCUCCCAGCCCGCCGGGUAUCAGUGACGUACAUCUACAUGAGCUGGAGAUCUUGGGCGAAGUGAGUCUGGAAAAGGAGCGGUACUACCUAAGCAUGCAGCGCACCUGGGAGAGAGCUGAGAAGCCAGAGGGCACCAAGGAGAAGGGCAGGAGGCGGCGGCUCCGUGUCUGUGUGGCCACCUGCAACCGUGCGGACUACUCCAAACUGGCUCCCAUCAUGUUCGGCAUCAAGGCACAGCCCGAGAACUUCGAGCUGGAGGUGAUGGUGCUGGGCUCGCACCUCAUCGAUGACUAUGGGAACACAUUCCGCAUGAUCGAGCAGGACGACUUUGACAUCGGCUCCAAGCUGCACACGAUCGUGCGCGGGGAGGACGAGGCGGCUAUGGUGGAGUCGGUGGGCCUGGCACUGGUCAAGCUGCCCGACGUGCUGCAGCGCCUUCAGCCGGACGUGCUGGUGGUGCACGGCGACCGUUUUGAUGCACUGGCUCUGGCCACAGCUGCCGCGCUCAUGAACGUGCGUAUCCUACACUUGGAGGGCGGCGAGGUGAGCGGCACCAUCGAUGACUCAAUCCGCCAUGCCAUUUCCAAGCUGGCACAUUACCACGCCUGCUGCACCCGCAGUGCAGAGCAGCACCUCAUCGCCAUGUGCGAGGACCACUCUCGCAUCCUGCUCACCGGCUGUCCCUCAUAUGACAAGCUGCUGUCUGCCCAUCGCCGCGAUGACUACAUGGACAUCAUUCACAGCUGGCUGGGGGAUGACGUCAAAGAGCAGGACUACAUCGUUGCCCUGCAGCACCCCGUCACCACUGACAUCAAGAACUCAAUCAAGAUCUACGAACUCAUGCUGGAUGCCCUCAUCUCCUUCAACAAGAGGACCCUCAUCCUGUUCCCCAACAUUGAUGCAGGCAGCAAGGAGAUGGUGCGCGUGAUGCGGAAGAAAGGCAUCGAGCGGCACCCUAACUUCCGGGCAGUGAAGCAUGUGCCCUUUGAGCAGUUCAUCCAGUUGGUGUCCCACGCUGGCUGCAUGAUCGGCAACAGCAGCUGCGGCGUGCGCGAGGCCGGCGCCUUUGGGACACCUGUCAUCAACCUGGGCACCCGGCAGACGGGCAGGGAGACGGGAGAGAAUGUCCUGCAUGUACGGGAUGCGGACACCCAGAACAAGAUCUACCACGCCCUGGAGCUGCAGUUUGGGAAGCGCUACCCAUGCUCCAAGAUCUACGGUGAUGGCAAUGCAGUGCCGCGCAUCCUGAAGUUCCUGCAGUCCAUCGACCUGGACGAGCCGCUACAGAAGACCUUCCGCUUCCCCACGGUGAAGGAAUGCAUCUCGCAGGACAUCGACCACAUCCUGGAGACCCAGAGCGCGUUGGCUGUGGAUCUAGGUGGCACCAACUUGCGAGUGGCCAUUGUCAGCAUGAAGGGGAAGAUUGUGAAGAAAUACAGCCAGCCAAACCCCAAAACCUACGAGGACAGAAUUGCUCUGAUCUUGAAGAUGUGCAGCGAUGCAGCAUGUGACGCUGCAGUGAACCUCAACUGCCGCAUCCUGGGAGUGGGCAUCUCCACCGGGGGCCGCGUGAACCCCCACAAGGGUGUGAUCCUACACUCCACUAAGCUGAUCCAGGAGUGGAGCUCAGUGGACAUCCGCACACCUGUGUCAGACACGCUGCACCUGCCCGUGUGGGUGGAUAAUGAUGGGAACUGCGCCGCACUCGCAGAGAGGAAGUUCGGCCAUGGGAGGGGAGUGGAGAACUUUGUGACUGUCAUCACCGGCACAGGCAUUGGUGGUGGCAUCGUGCAACACGGUGAGCUCGUCCACGGCAGCACGUUCUGCGCAGCCGAGCUGGGCCAUAUCAUGGUGUCGUUGGAAGGACCCGAGUGCUCAUGCGGCAGCCGUGGCUGCAUCGAGGCCUACGCGUCCGGUGCUGCCCUGCAGCGUGAGGCCAAGAGGCUGCAUGACGAGGACCUUCUCUUGGUGGAGGGGAUGUCCUUGAAGAAGGAUGAGCAGGUCACUGCUGCCCACCUCAUCAGUGCUGCCCACCUGGGGAACUCAAAGGCUGAGGCCAUGCUCCAGACAGCGGGCGCAGCACUGGGAAUGGGCAUUGUCAACAUCCUGCACACGGUGAACCCCGGCCUCGUGGUCCUCUCCGGCAUCCUGGCUUCCUUCUACCAGAACCCCGUGCAGCAGGCGAUCCGGCAGCGCGCCCUCAGCUCGGCUCAAGGCAUCCAUGUGGUGAUCUCUGAACUGGAAGAGCCCGCCCUGCUGGGCGCUGCCAGCAUGGUCCUUGACUAUACCACCAGGAGGACCUACUAGUGCUGCUUACCCAGGGCAAGGCUGAAGCAUACUGGGACAGUUCAUGUAAGUUUGGGACGCUGUGUGGACAAAGUGCCAUUUACGAGACCACUCGAACCCAUGGACAUUCCCCCUUAAAGAUAGCAAAUGAAGUAUGGGAUUUCACAUGUUGGUGCUACGUGUCUUAAUGUGAAAGAACACUCGUUUUGUUGUUGGUACCGAAGAGUUUCCUGGGGAGUCCAGCAUGUCCGUGUCCUUCACAUGCAACACAAAGCGUUCGUUCAGUUUAUCCAGACAUUUUAAUUGUGGGCCCAGAUACGGAUGACCUGUAUCUCGAUGUCCCGUCACCCCCGUGUAUUGCUCUGUUAGGAGGAGCAGCUGACGUGUGGCCAAACGGGACUCGCAGAGCCGAGACUCUCGGCCACGAAGCUUUACCGUUCAGGGUUGGUGUGACCAUCAUGGAAACUUCAGCAAGUGUGUCACCGAUAAGCCUUUAUGUUGUUGAACUGCUUGUGUGACAUGUGACCUAUUGUUUGAAUGUGUUUGACCAAAACUGUUUUGGGAAUCAAUCCAGUCUGUCCACUUUUAUAAAUAUUUUAGUAACUGAGGCCAUCAUCUCGACAGAAUAAGAAACAUUUAAACAGUGUUUUUUUUUAUUUGUCUGAAAAUAUUAUUUUCUAAUGGUCUUCCGUAUGUGAAAAAUGUUUUUGUUUUAUUCCAUGCCUGGAGACAACGGAACUAGCUGUACUGUAUUUAUUCAUUCAUUUAUUUAUUCCAAAAUUCCCAGCGGUAGACAUCUGCCUUGAGCUGCUGACGACAGUGGACACAUGAGGCACAGAGCGGCUCUGACCGAAAGCGCUCCCUCAGCGCUCGACAUGAAAGUGCACGCCGCUCCCAGUUUUCCUCAUGAGCACCCAAGUAAGCUGUUGGUUCAAGAGGGACUGGCAGCGCAGAGCUAGUAGGCGCAUUGUACGCAGCCUUCUCAAGGUCACUCAGCCGCAGAGGUUGUGUCAGCGAUGAAAUAGGAUGAGGGAUGUAAGACUGCUGAUGGUUAACAUUUCCUGACGUUGCUGUGCCUGAAGCACAGCACUUUGUGCUCUGCAAUGGCGUCAGAGCCCAUAACAGCUGAGGACAGGGCAUUCUCCUCCCUCUUCUGGAAAGAGGCUCCUAAGCUGGAUGCUUUGACUUGGACUACAGAGGCACUGAUGCCUGUAAUUCUUCUUGAGCUGCUACUUUUUGCACAAACAUCCAUUAGCUCCUGAAGGGCCACGCCUGUAUUCCAGGGGCAGGACAACGAGCCCUUGUAGCGGUGGCUGUCAGAUGGAUUGUGCCAAUUUCACGCUUUCAUAGUAGUCUUCUGGUUUUUUUAAAAAAAAAAAAAGGUUAAAUCAUUGCUAAGUUCAACCCUAUUACUGGAGAAAUAGUUUUUUUUUUUUUUUUUCCUUCGCCCCCCACCAGUUUCGUAUGAAUUGUGAAAGAGUAUCUGAUUCAGUGAAUAUUAAUUUUAGUUUUGUGCUCUUGGGAAAUUUUCUCCUUUCACUGCAGCAGUGCCAGGGAUGAUUUCCACACAAAUCUAGUGCAGAUUACAACUUUAACAAAGAGUUUAACAGGAAAA